ACCAACUGUUAAAUACAAUCCCCUCUGCUUCACUGCGCAACACUUCCCAUUCCCUUGACUUAAAUCCACAUAAAAACAAACUCCUCUUUCUCUUUCAUUUCCCGAUUUUAAUUUCCUUUUUAUAACCCAAAAAAAAUUUCCUUUUAAUGAAUCCAGUUUCCUUGUUUUAAUUAGAUCUUAGACAACUUCUUCAAGGAAGAUCACAAUUUUCCUGGAAAUAGAAGUGGUUUCUAGGGGGGGGAGUCAUUGUCCCCGGAACCAGACGGGAGCUGUAGAGCUGUGAAAGAUGAGGCGGAGAGGAGUAGAUUUUAGGAGGCCAGUGAGGAGGAGGCUCUCCAAUGUGGUGUGGUGGACAUUGUGCGGGAUUGUGGUCUUGGUUUUCAUCGUGAUUUUGAGCAAGGAGAAUCAGAUUGAAUCAAGACCCACUAUAUCUAGGAGACCUUAUCGACAUGACAGAAUUAUGGACGGCCUGAACAUCACUGAUGAAAUGUUAAGCCCCAACUCUGUCACUAGGCAACUUAGCGACCAAAUUUCUCUUGCAAAGGCUUUUGUUGUGAUAGCAAAAGAAAGCAACAAUCUUCAAUUUGCUUGGGAAUUAAGUGCCCAGAUCCGUAAUUCACAGGCCCUUCUGUCAAAUGCUGCAACUAGGCGAACCCCUUUGACAGUUCCAGAAUCAGAGACUGCAGUUCGUGAUAUGGCACUUUUGCUCUACCAAGCCCAGCAACUCCACUAUGACAGUGCAACAAUGAUUAUGAGAUUGAAAGCCAAAAUCCAAGCUCUUGAAGAACAGAUGAGUUCAGUAAGUGAGAAAAGUUCGAAGUAUGGACAAAUAGCUGCUGAAGAAGUCCCCAAAAGUCUAUACUGUCUUGGUGUUCGGUUGACUACAGAAUGGUUUGGAAACCCAAAUUUACAAAGGAAACUCAGGGAAAGAAAACACUUGGAAGCUAAACUUAAAGAUAACAGUAUGUAUCAUUUCUGUGUCUUCUCUGACAACAUCCUUGCAAGUUCCGUGGUGGUUAAUUCAACAGCUUUAAAUUCCAAAAAUCCAGAUAAGGUUGUCUUUCAUCUUGUAACUGAUGAAAUAAACUAUGCUGCAAUGAAGGCCUGGUUUACUAUGAACAGUUUUCAGGGAGUGACUGUUGAGGUUCAGAAGUUUGAGGAUUUCAAGUGGCUGAAUGCCUCUUAUGUUCCAGUUCUUAAGCAGCUCCAAGAUUCUGAGACUCAGAGUUAUUAUUUUUCUGGCCAUAAUGAUGAUGGUCUGACUCCAAUCAAAUUCCGAAAUCCUAAAUACCUCUCAAUGCUUAAUCAUUUGAGGUUUUAUAUUCCUGAAGUUUUUCCAGCACUGAAGAAAGUGGUAUUUCUUGAUGAUGACAUUGUGGUUCAGAAGGAUUUGUCUGGCCUAUUUUCCAUUGAUUUGAAUGGCAAUGUUAAUGGAGCAGUUGAGACAUGCAUGGAGACAUUUCACAGAUAUCAUAAGUACCUGAACUACUCUCACCCUCUUAUAAGAGCACAUUUUGAUCCUGAUGCAUGUGGUUGGGCAUUUGGGAUGAAUGUUUUUGAUUUGGUUGAGUGGAGGAAGAGGAAUGUGACUGGCAUCUAUCACUAUUGGCAAGAAAGGAAUGUGGACCGGACAUUGUGGAAACUUGGGACACUUCCACCCGGACUGUUGACAUUCUAUGGAUUGACAGAGGCACUGGAUCCCUCAUGGCAUGUGCUCGGGCUGGGCUAUACCAAUGUUGAUUCUCUGUUGAUAGAGAAAGGGGCUGUUCUGCACUUCAAUGAUUCAAAGCCAUGGUUGAAGAUAGGGAUAGAGAAAUACAAGCCCCUUUGGGAGAAGUAUGUUGACUAUUCUCACCCUCUAUUGCAACAAUGCAAUUUUCAUUGAUAAAUUGCCAUGGGAAUCUGUAGUCUUCCACGACAAGUUCACUGCCUUAGAAGCGUCAAAUUUUGAGGUCAAGUAUGCUUGUACAAUUUUAAAGAGGUCAAGCAUGGCUGGUGGUUGUAACAUGGUAUUUAAUUCAUUUCAACUAGGUUGUUGUAGUAUAGAUUGUUCAUUCAACAUCAAUUAUUUAAAGAUCCCUAUUAACAAAACAAUUUUGAUCUAUAUCAUUUAGCUCAAGCUGUAAACUUAUACUAUGGUAAUCUGCAAUCCAAUCGACCUUCUUUCCAAGUUUAA